GGCCGGCCGCGCUCGCCACCUCCCCCUGCUGGCCUCUCGCUCACUUUCUUUCCCCUCCCUCCCACCGGCUCAAGGUCGCCGCUUUCCCUCUCUGCGCGGCUUCGGUGGGUCAGCUCAGGACAGCGGCAGCCCGGCGCGUCGGGGCGGACGGGGGAGCGCCCAGCCCGCCUUCUGCCUCGGGGGCAGAGGAAAAGGGGGAAAACAGCGAGGCGUGUCCUGGGAAGUGUCUGCAGCGGCCCCACACAGUUCAGUGCUAAUAACUUGGUAAAUGGAUUUCCUGUAUCCAGACUGAGAAGCUGGGAUACCAUGGUGAUUUCUUAUUCAAUCUCCCAGGCACAGGUGGAGUGGUGAAGACAAGCUACAGGAUGACCACUGAGCCGUAACGCUAAGCAAUAUGUCAGGUUACAUACCGAGUUAUCUGGACAAAGAUGAGCUCUGUGUUGUGUGUGGGGACAAAGCCACAGGCUACCAUUAUCGUUGCAUUACCUGUGAGGGCUGUAAGGGUUUCUUUAGGAGAACCAUACAGAAGAAUCUUCAUCCAACCUACAGCUGUAAAUACAACGGAAAAUGCAUCAUUGAUAAAAUAACAAGGAACCAAUGUCAAGAAUGCCGCUUCAAAAAGUGCAUUGCUGUUGGCAUGGCAACUGACUUGGUGUUGGAUGAUGGCAAACGGCUAGCAAAACGUAAACUAAUUGAAGAGAACAGAGAGAAGAGGCGACGAGAGGAGCUGACAAAAACACUCGCUUAUAAACCUGAACCCACAGAUGAGGAAUGGGACCUUAUACGAACAGUAACUGAGGCACACAUGGCCACCAACGCCCAGGGAGACCGCUGGAAACAGAAGAGAAAAUUUCUGCCCGAUGAAAUUGGGCAAGCACCGAUAAUGAACGCUGCCGAAGGGAGCAAGGUGGAUUUGGAAGCCUUCAGUGAGUUUACAAGAAUUAUCACGCCCGCAAUAACAAGGGUUGUUGAUUUUGCCAAAAAGCUACCAAUAUUCUGUGAGUUGCCAUGUGAAGACCAGAUAAUCCUUCUGAAAGGGUGCUGCAUGGAAAUCAUGUCUCUGAGGGCAGCAGUCCGCUACGACCACGAGAGUGAGACUUUAACUUUGAACGGCGAGAUAGCUGUGAAAAGAGAACAGUUAAAAAAUGGAGGCCUUGGCGUUGUGUCGGAUGCAAUCUUUGAUCUGGGAAUAUCUCUGUCUGCAUUCAACUUGGACGACAGUGAGGUGGCACUUCUCCAGGCUGUCCUUCUGAUGUCUUCAGAUCGACCUGGCCUCACCAGCAUAAACAAGAUAGAAAAAAUCCAGGAGUCCUUCCUCCUUGCAUUUGAACACUACAUUAACUAUCGCAAACACAAUGUUGCCCACUUCUGGCCUAAACUACUGAUGAAAGUGACUGACCUACGAAUGAUUGGAGCUUGCCAUGCAAGUCGCUUUCUUCACAUGAAAGUGGAAUGUCCAACGGAGCUUUUUCCACCAUUAUUCCUGGAGGUCUUUGAAGAUUAAGAACUUAAUUUGGAACAGCUGCACUACAUAAUAUCGUAAACUGUAUUAGCACUACUGAGCGAUGUUUAAUUGCACUUCACACAGUACCUUUUUCCAGAAAUGAUGGAGAAACAUUCCAUUAAUGUGGGUACUAGUGAUUUUGAGGACGUAGCGCUUUUUUUGUACUCAUUUUCACUUGUGUGGACUGAUGUUGUACAUGUUUGUUUUCGGAUGAGAUGAUAUGGUAUAAUAUUGUUUGUGGUAAGGAACUUACAACACAAUAUUCAAAUAUGAGUUUUCUCCUGCGUGGAUUUCAAUGGAAUUAAAUCGACUAAAUGCACUAGUUGCAGGCAAGUCACCAUUGCCAAAGGCUUAACUAAUUUGAUGUUUUUAGGGAAAUUUAGAAUAGUUCUGAGGUGAAAAAUUAAGUCAUUUUCUUUCACUGGAGCUAAAAUUCAAAUAUAAAGAAGAUAACUACUAGGGUGCCUCUCCUCCACCAACAUCUGUACUAUAUUCCGAUUGUUAUUUAUUCAUUGAGAAACACACACAAAAUGCUGGAGGAGCUCAGCAGGUCAGACAGCAUCUGUGAAGGGGAAAAUACAGUUGAUGUUUUGGGCUGAGACCCUAUUCUCCUUCAUAGAUGCCCCCUGAGUUCCUCCAGCAUUUUGUGUGUGUUUCUCUGGUCCCCUUCCUCCUUUCCUUUCUUCCAUACUCCACUGUCAUCUCUGAUCAGAUUCCUUUUUCUUCAGCCCCUUAACUCUUCCGCCUAUCCCUUUCCAACCAGAUUUCUGGAAUCUGCAGAAUCACUUGUGUUACUUAUUCACUCAAAAUGCUAGUGGAAUGCAGCAGGCCAGGCAGCAUCUCUAGGAAGAAACGUCGACUGCAAUUCUUCCUAGAGAUGCUGCCUGGCCUGCUGCAUUCCAUCAGCAUUUUGUGUGUGUUGCUUGAAUUCCCAGCAUCUGCAGAUUUCCUCGUGUUUACUUAUUCAGUUUCUGUAAAUACCCAAUUAUGUAAAUAUUGUUUAUGUAAAGUAAGGAGCAAAAAUAGAUGCUGUUAUAUCGUGUUGUGCAAAUGAACAAACGUGUAUAAACUAGCAUCUACAAAACCUCAAUACACUUCAGUAAGAAUAGAAUCUAAACAACACAGGAACUAACCGAGUUAAUCAACUGCCUUCUAAAGCAAGUUACCAUUUGCAGCAGCUGACGUUGCACAGACUGUUCCACAAGUAGACAGUUCCAAUCAGUCCGACUGAAGAGGCAGCCAGAGAUUUUAAGUGGAAAAUGUCAUUUGGAUUGCUUUUCUGAAGUUGCAAUUGAUUACAGGGGGGAAAGGGGAAAAGGGCUCAAAUCUAGCUUUAGAUAUGCUGCAUCUUUCUGGAACACUAGCCUUGAGCAUCAGCAAGGGAGAAACAUCUCUCCCUCACACUGACAUCAUUAAUUUGACCUCUGUAUUCCACUGAGAAGAUUUUCUCUGUAUUUACUAAAUGCAGCUGCUGUCUGUCAGGAACUCUUUUAUUAACUGGGAACGUGCCUGUGCAAGAUCCACUUCUUAACCAAAUAGAUCAUCCAGAUUAAUCCUUUUUUUGAGCUUUUAUUCACCUCUAGAUGUCAUAAACACUUUCCACAGCUUGAGAGAGGUUAUUUUUACGGUGCUAAUCAGUUUGCAAGUGGUGCUCUCAAUGCCUCCCGUGAAUGGAGCUUUAACUUCUGCAGUUUAUUCUCUGCAAACUGUGGGAAUGAAUACUAGGGUCUACAAUGUCAAUAUAUAUGCCUUGAUACUGACAUUCUUACAGUGCCAUGUACCUUGUUCAAAAGUACCAGGAAUCCAUUCUCUUUGCAAACACAGUAGUUCUAGAUUAACGUUGCUGAUGAGAGUUUCAGGAUGAAGGAAUGACUUUUUGUUAGACCAUUUUUCCAUGUUACUUUAUUUUAUUUUAAUCUAGAACAGGCGUUCCCAACCUGGGGUCCACAGACCCCUCGGUUAAUGGCAGGGGUUCAAGACAUAUAAUAGGUUGGGAGCCCCUGGUUUAGAGAUACAACACAGAACAGGCCCUUGCGGCCCAACGAGCUAUGCUUUCCGCCCAGCACCCCACCUGUUUACCCCUAACAGGACACUAUGCCAUGACCAGUGAACCUACUAACUGGUACGCCUUUGCACUGUGGGAGGAAACCGGAGUAACCGGAAAAAAAACCCACACGGUCAUGGGGAGAACAUACAAGCUCUUUACAAAUGAAGCAGGAAUUUAACUCCGAACUCCACUGCCCCGUACUGUAAUAGCAUCACACUAACUGCGAUGGUACCGUGGCGCCCCAAAGCCUUGUCUUUUUUUCUAGACCUUUUCCCCAUGUUCUACCAGUAACGAUGUGCUGACUGCAGCUUUCAACAUAACUUUCUGUUUUAUCUGACUGUAUCAUAUCAGUGGGAAAUUGAAGUUCAGUGCAGAACUUUCAAAACAAAAACACAGCCAGACUUAUGGAAUGUAAGCUUGUAUCCAGCACUGAAUAAAAGCUAUCUUUAUACAGGUACACAGCGCGAAACGGGCCCCUCCAGCCCAACAAGCCAACUGCCCAGCAACCAACCUAUUUAACUCUAGCCUAAUCACAGGGCAUUUUACCAUGACCAGAAAACCUACUAACCGGUACAUCUUUGGACGGUGUGAGGAAACCCACCCACACAUGGGAAGGACAUACAACCUUUAUCAUAGAGGGCGUCCAAAUUGAACUCCGAACUCUGGCAUCCCAAGCUGUAAUAGUGUUGUGCUAACCUCAAUGCUACCGUGAAAGCACUGUUAUGCUCCUGAUUUCUUUCCUAUGCUGAAGUACUGCUUUUACCCAAAACAAAUCUUACAGUACAACAAAUCUACAUUUAGUGGCCACUUUACUAGGUAUACCUGCUCAUUAAUGCAAGUAUCUAAUCAGCCAAUCAUCUAGCAGCAAAAUGCAUAAAAGCAUGCAGACAUGGUCAAGAGAUUCAGUUGUUGUUCACACCAAACGUCAGAGCUAAGUGAAUGACCGAGGAAUGAUUGCUGGUGCCAGACAGGGUGGUUUGAGUAUCUCAGAAACUGCUGAUCUCCUGAUUUUCACACACAACAGUCUCUAGAGUUUGCAGAGAAUGUUGCGAGAAACAAAAUCAUCCAGUGAGCAGCAGUUUUGUGGGUGAAAAUGCCUUGUCAAUGAGAGAGGUCAGAGGGGAAUUGACUGGUUCAAGCUGACAGGAAAGCAACAGUAACUCAAGUAACCAUGCGCUACAACAAAGUUGUGCAGAAGAGCUGCUAUGAAUGUACAACAUGUCAAACCUUAAACCAGAUGGGCUGCAGGUGCAGAAGAUCACACCGGAUUCCACUCCUGUAUGUCAUAAAGAGGCCAAUGAGUUUAAUUGUGUCUAAAUGAGAUGAAAGAAAAGAUGCAUGACAGAGGAUUUUAAGGGGCAAAAAUGCAAAGGAUAUUAAGUAAUUAAGCAUUACUUUUAAGAAAAAUAAUUUUCCCUGAGAUUUUAAGAAAGGCUUGCCCUUCCAACAGAGCUUGGUUGGAAUAUUGCACAGACUUUGUCAGUUCUCUGUCGUUAAUUUCAAUGACUUUGUAAUUUAAUACAUACUAAUACCCAUUAGUCAAGACGUAGCCGAAUUCAUGAGCUAAGAAAAUUGAAUGCACAGACAAUCAGGAUAAAAUGAACUGUGUAGCAAGCUAGAAUUCUAAUUUUUAUAUUUGAAGUACAUUAAUUAAUAUUGAAUGAUAUAGCUAAGGAAAAUAAGCCACUUUUAUAGAAUCUUAUCAGAUGUUUGCACACUUAAUUAAAUUUAUGAUAUUUCCUUGAUAUUUUUAAUAAGAACGACCACUUGAAGAAGCUAGAAUUUAAACAAAUGAAGCAAAAGUCACCUUUCCAAUCUUGUUGAAAUAUUUAAUUGGUAUGUAAAUAUGAUGGUCUGUUUGUGCUGUAAUGUUCGUUGUGUGAGGAAGAUAGCGAUGACAAAAUAUGGCAAGUAAGCCUCGAGUUUGCACUGUAAAAAAAUGUAAGUUGUUUUGUGUUCUGCUUAGCAGCUGUUAAAUUUGUACAGAAAUAUUCCAUUGAGUAAAUUUUACUUUAAAUCUUUAUAGAUUCAAAAUUAGUAUUUCUCAAUGUAUUCCUAUAAGAGCCUCCACUGCCUGGAGAGCAAGCAUUCAUAUAGGAGUAAAAACAAUUUGUUAAACUCAUCUUGCAUAUGCUGCCUGUAAUGUAUGUACUGAUUAAUAAUUUUGCUUUCUUGUCAUAUGAAUAUUACAAUGUCAUGUGGUCCCAAAGUGACUCGUAUGUCCAGUUUGAAUGUUUGUGAUUUUCCAUGAUUUCAUGUUGAAUCUAUACUUGUUGGGGUGUUAUCGAAUGCACAUAGUGACAAUAAAUGAACAUAUGAUAUAUAUAUCACAUAGGGAACGGGGAAGGGGGGCUGCAUGCUAGCAUUUAAUUGACUACGUGCCGGAACUGAUCAGGGCAUGAUGCUGAUAUUUGGCUUGCCUACGACCAGAGGGCACAGCCUCCGAAUAGUAAGGACGUCCCUUUGAACAGAGUUGAGCAGGAAUUCCUCUAGUCAGAGGGUAGUAAAUCUGUGGAAUUCAUUGCUACAGACGGCUGUAGAGCCCAAGUCAUUGGGUAUAUUUAAAGUGGAGAUUGAUGGGUUCUUGAUUAGUCAUGGUGUCAAACGGUAUAGGAAGAAAUUAGGAGAAAGGGGUUGAAGGGAAUAAUAAUUAGCCAUGAUGAAAUAACAGAGACCUGAUGGGCUGAAUAGCCUAAUUCUUCUCCUAUGUAUUAUGAUCUUACCAGCACUUUAGAAUCCUUCACAUCUGUCCAUAUCCCUGGAGCAUGCCCAGGGUUGGAUCAGUCUGUUCACACCCUUAGUGUGAUAUUUGACCCCAAGUUAAGUUAUAAGCCACAUUUCUGUAUUGGUGCUAUGACAGCCUGUCCUACCUCUGGAGCAGUACCUCACAAACACACACACUCACCUACUAACCUACAGAAAGUCCAAGUCACCCUACACCAUGAUGCACAUCGGUCACUGCUAGCUCACUUCAAAUACCCCACUGGCCUUCUCUUUCUCUACCUCCAAAGUCAGCUUCAGACCUAAAAUCUUGAACUACCUGCACUCCUGAAACUCUGACCUCCUGAGCAUCCCUGAAUUAAACCACUCCACCUCCGGCAGCUGUGCCUUUGUCUUUACAAAAUCUCAGCCCUGUAACUCCAUAGCAAAGCCUUCCCCCGUCGCUGCAGCUGAAGAGUUCAUCUCCCGUUUACAACACUACAGACGCUGUAUGGUUACAUCAGCACCUUGAUCUCUGCAAUGGAAUUGCUGGAAUAAAUUUCAGUGGCAUUUUACAUUCCAGUAAUGAGUACAAAGAGCUGUUUAUACAACUGCUGGGGCAAAAGUGUCUGGGCAACAGUGGUGUGCAGAAGAACAUCUCUGAAUGCACAACAUGUCAAACCUUAGUGGAUGGGCUACAGCAGCAGAAGACCAUGGAUAUUCAUACAGUCACCAUCAUUAUAUGCCAUGUCGUAAGAUGCUGGUGAUCAUGGUCUCUCCAUAAUUGUGGUGGUUCUUGGCAAACUUUUCUACAGAAGUGAUUUGCCACUGUCUCCUUUUGGGCAGGGUCUUUACCAGACAGGCUUCCCCAGCUGUUAUCAACAAAGGUUCUCUGCCUGGCAUCAGUGAUCACAUAACCAGGACUUGUGAUAUGCAACAGAUGCUCAUACGACCAUCCACCACCUCCCACGGCUUCACUUGACCCUGAUUUGGGGGGGGGGGGGGGGGGUGCGCUAAGCAGGUGCUACACCUUGCCCAAGGGUGACCUGCAGGCUAGCAGAGGGAAGGAGCACCUUACACCUCCUUUGGAACACCCAAUUCACACACUGAGUGUGUGUGAUGACUUUGAAAGCUGAGAUUUAAAAGAAAAUCCUCUCCAAAUAAAAGUGAAUUGAGAAAUAGCUGUAGAAAUGUAUUUCAUAAUGAAAUGCACUGAUGAAUGUUAACAAAAAAAAACCUUAGUGAAAUUCAAGCAUUGGAGCCAGUGAACAAACUGUUCUCAGUUUUGGAUACUGACAUCCAGCUUCAAGCCUUUCUUGGAGCUUUGUUCCUGGUUUAUUUGUGUGAAACAUUAAAUGUUGUUUUCAGUUUGAAAUUACUCAGGUUGGUUCUUAGGUUUGUUUAAACAGUUAUCAUUCUGCUAAAUGAAAAGAAACAAGCUUACAUACAAAACACACAAUAAGAGGGAUAAUAAAUCGGCCAUGCUGGAAUGGCAGAGCAGACUCGAUGGGCUGAAUGGCCUAAUUUGCUGCAAUGUCUUACAGUCGUGUGGUCUAAAAUUCUGGAAGAAUUCAGCAGGUCAAUCAGCUUCUAUGGAGAGGAGUUGGACCGAGACCCUUCAUCUGGGCUGCCAGUGUCCAAUAACUGCCUCUUAGCUACUCGAAGACUUCAAGCUCAGGAACCUGUAUGAAGCAAGUCAUUGGAGCUGGCCAGCAUGGAUGCCUGUCUGUACCUUGGCCUAAUCUGCAGUCCGUCGGGAGGCUAACGUGGACUGCCAGAGAACACUGAAGUUUAGAUUCACACUAGGUUAACUGUGGAGUCAGAAAUAGAAAUGUAAAGUGCAGACGUUCUUCAUCAGCCAUCAAACUGCAUCAGGAUAUACAACUCCCCUCCACUGCACUCAAAUACUGAAACAAGGAAACCAAUCUGAAUAAAAUAGGACCUGAUCUUAAAACAUGUCAGAUCCACAUCAGCUCAGAAUAUGAUACAAAGCAAACUUCUCCCCAGGCAAUAUACACAAAAUGCUGCAGGAACUCAGCAGGUCAAGCAGCAUUAAUGGAAAUGAAUAAACAGUUGACAUUUGAGACCCUUCAUCAGGACCCUCCCAUAAGUACACAAAAUGCUGGAGGAACUCAGCAGGUCAGGCAGCUUUCAUGGAGGGGAAUAAACAGUCGAGGUUUCAGUAAGAGACCCUUCAUCAGGAAUGCAAUCAAGACCCUUCCUAAUAAAGGGUCUUAGCCCGAAACAUCAGAUGUUUAUUUAUUUCUGUAGAUGCUGAGUUCCUCCAGCUUUUUGAAUGUGUUGCUCUAGAAUUCCUGUGUUUAUAAACUUCUCCAAGCUUGGUUUUAGUUGCAAAGAGAGAAGGUUACCAUUGUUAAAAGCCACAUUUUUAUCAGAUGGUUAUGGAAACAAGGGAUCAAAAGUAAUAAAAUAACAUACAGAUUUUAAAUUUCAAAUCAGUUGGAUUUGAAAUCACUUGUAUUCAAGAAUAAUUACCAAGCAAUGUGUAAAUUAUUCUGUAUAAAGUGAAGUUAAAAUGCUUGACCCUCCAACUACGAACUCUUAAGUCCAGAGGGCACAACCUCAGAAUAGAGGGACUCCCAUUUGGAACAGAGAUGAGGAAAAAUUUCUUUAGCCUGAAGAUGAUGAAACUGGGGAUUGCUAUAGGCGGCCGUGGAGGCCAAGUCAUUGGGUACGUUUAAAGCAGAGGUAGAUAGAUUCUUGAUUAGUCAGGGCACCAAAGGUUAUGGGGAGAAGACAGGAGAAUGGGGUUGAGAUGGAUAUUAGAACACGAUGGAAUUGUGGGGCAGACUCGAAGGGUCGAGUGACCUAAUUCUGCUCCUGUGCUCAGGGUCUUAUUAUAAGUGAUUAACUUUCUUUUGCAGGAAAGGAGAAGAGUUUUGAGGUAAACAGGCGUGUUCUCCUCCAGCAAUUGGUGUGUGUCUUUUAAGCUUUGUUUCACUUAAGUAAUCCUUUUUUAUCCUUGAGAACAAGGAAUUUCCCGGGGAAGAUUCUGGGGUUCAUUUUCCUAUUUUGAAUGAGCUACAACUGCAGGAAAAGUCUGUCCAAAAGAUUAUUCUACGUUACUGUUGAUAAACAAGAAUGCUCAGUGUUUUAACAACUUACAGAUGCAAAUAAUUUUAGUCCAGAAAAAUCAAACUUGUUUAAUUUAUUGCUACUGUGUGCAUUCAUUUCCCUAUUUGUCCUAACUCAAGUUGUCAAUGUUUUUAUGCCUGGGAUAGUCUUUAAUACCGAAGUGCCCAUUAUUCCUGUGUGGGGUUUGACCCUCUGUCAGCAGAAUGUUUGAUCAUUUUGGCUAUUGUAAUCAAAUUCAGUGCUGCUACAUUACAUUCCUUGAUCAAAAAUAUGCUUACUUAACUGGAUAGUAAUAGAUUUUCCCUCUUGUAGUUCAGGGUAAUUGUAAUAAGCCUAACUGUUCACAAUUUGUAAAUAGAACCACAUGUGUUAGAAACACUCAGCUAAUCAGGUGGCAUUCAACACGUAUUCAAACUUUAAGUUGAAGAACCUCCAUUACAACCAUUUGCAAGUGUGUAAGACGGCACAACUAUGGAUUGCACCCUCGAAAUCUUUGUGGUUUUCCGACUCAUAGAUGGAACACUCCAUCAUAUCAAUAGGGAUAAUUCUCAGUCAGAUACAAAGAGGUCUUCACUUACAGCCAGCAUCAUGCUAUGACAUACUGCUGCAACCAUACAGAACAGACUUGUAACUACCAGUAUUUCACCCACAUUAGAGUUCAGAAUGUACUGCACAACUGCAUAUUUAUAACCAUAUGCUGGCUGUUUUCGUCAGAUUAAACUGCUAAGAGAAUAUCACUCAGCCUUCGUUCCACGUUGCUGUAUUGCCAGAGGGAAUAUUUAACAUAUAAUUUCAUUAUUAUGUGCUUUGAGUUAUAUCCUAUUUACAUUCAACUGAUCUACAAGAUCUUUUUGAGAUUGUCACUGCAAGAAUGGAUAAGGAGGGUGGAUGGGAGAAUAUGCAGUAUACUUUUGGAAAUCCUUUGAUAAGGCCCUACAAAGGUAAAUGUUCAGCAAUGUAAUGGUUAAAUACUGGCACAAGCUGACAGCUAGUUAACAAAGUAAGCAAUGGGUAGCAAUAAUAAUUCACAAAAUGCUAUAGGAAAUCAGGAGGUCAGGCAGGCUCAAUGGACAGUGGCAUUUCAGGAUCAGACCCUUCAUCAGGAUUGGAAAGGGAGGGAGAAAAAGCCAGCUUGAUCUUCACUCAAAGAUCAUGAGAAAUGGAGACAGAUUCCAGCUUCUUCCCCCUUCCAUUCCAGUCCUGAAGAAGGGCUCAGCCUGAAAUAUGGACUACUUAUUCCAGUUCAUAGAUGCUGCCUGACCUGCUGAGUCCCUCCAGCGUUUUAUGGGUUUCCAGCAUCUGCGGAAUCUCUUACAUUAUGAAUGGCAAUAACAGAUCUUUCUCAGGUUGCCGGGUGGUGACGAGUGGGAUACUGCAGGUCUGCGUACCUUGCCAUACAGCUUAUCACAAUCCACACCAAUGAUUUGGCUUAGAAGAAUGAAAUGUUACAUUGGGGUUAUAAGCAAGGACAGAAUAGUAACAAGUAAAAUGGAAUAUAAUGUGCAAAACAGAAUCCACUCCCCUCCCUAAAACUGAGAAGUUGUUUUUUGUCAAUGUGAUACAUUGAGAACUGUUCAUGUGAAAAGGGUCCUGAUAGCUAAUGUGAAAUGCAGCAAGCACUCUUGAAGGCAAGUGGUACACUGCCCUUCAGCACAGGAGGAUUCAGGUAUAGAAGGUGUAAUGCAAUUAUACAGAACAUUAAUAAUCAUGUAUCUAAAGUAUUAUGUGUAGUUCGGUCAUCUUAUGUUUUAAAGCUUUAAGUGCAAUGAAGAUACACCAGUCUGGAUCCCCGGAUGGUAGUUUGAUCUGUAACAACCUGGGGUCUACAGAACCCCCGGGUAGUGGGUUUGGUCUAUAACAGGGGGUUCCCAACCAUGGGACCCCUUUGCUUAAUGAUAUUGGUCAAUGGCAUAGAAAAGGCUGGAAACUCCUGCUCUAUGAGGAGGGAAUGAGUAGAUUAAGCCUCUAUCGUCAAGAGUUUGUAAAAGCAAGUUUUAUCUCAUUGAGAUUUACAGAAUUCUUACCAAGUUCAACUGAAGAGAUGCAUGUAAAAAAUAUUUCAAGUACCGGGGCUCACCAACUCUCAGUAAGGGGCAGGCCACUGAGGCUUUGGAAUUCUUUCCCUCGCGGAGACCCAAGAGUUAUAGAUUCUGGAAGAUCACUGGAAAUGGAGAUAGCGUGGGAGAAUGAUGCUUAGACACAAUCUAGUUGAAUGGUGGAGCACGUUUAAGGGGGAUUUAGACAACUCCUUAUACGAACGGAAGAUUCGGGAUAGACUCAUGGCAUCAAACAGCAUUGCAGAGAGGGAAACAGUGUUAACGUGUCAUGGUAACAUUCUUUCAUCAGAACUGUGUUGUCUUUCAUUAACCGUCUCUCCACUGAGGCUGUCUGACCUGCUGAGUAUUUCAAACAUGGAGCAACACACACAAAAUGCUGGAGGAACUCAGCAAGCCAGCUAGCAUUUACUGGAGGGGAAUCAAACAGUUGCCAUUUGGGGCUGAGACCAUUCGUCAGGACUGGCAAGGAAGGGGGAAGAAUGUAUUUCAAACAUACUGUGUUUGAAUUUCAAUUUUCAAGCAUCUGCCUUUGGAUAUUUAAGUCUGUGAUGUUUGUGUUUUCCUGUUAACCCUUUCUGUGGUUCCUCUGGAGCUGUUCCAUAAAUCUGAUUGACUUUGAUAACAGAAACCCAAAGCCCACAACCCACCUUCACCAGCCUGUGAGAUCAAUGGAAAUCUUGUAUGAACUGACAAUCUAAUACUUGCUGAUAUUCAGGAAAAAAAUUAUUAGAAUCCAAAUAAAUUUAUUAUCAUACUGCUUCCUCUGGAGUUAGCAUCCUUUUUUAAAAAACUGUAACUGAUGCAAUUGUGUUUUAUUUUGCUGUUAAAUGGCACAUUAAUGCUUCUGCCUAGUAAUUCUUUAUGUAAAUGCUGAUAAUCUAAGGUACUUUUAAUUAAAUGUAAAUGCAGAACCCCAAAAAAGCUAAAAUGUCAAUAACUAAGCUAGACAGAAAUGGUUGCAUAACUGUUUGUGAAUGAUAGGGAUAUAUAAAUGCACACUGUGAAGAAAGAGGUAUACAAAGCAGUUACAUGCUCUAACGUAUUGUCGGGGUAGUCACUGUUGACAAUCAUAUCAUGUAAUGAGUAUGAAAUGUUUUAGAAAUGGUGCAGAAAAUAUUUUAUGUAACUGUGAUGCUGUAUUUUAGUAUAGAUAUUUUAUGUAAUAAAACAAACUUGGGGAAAAUAAUCAUUGUCUGUAAAAUGAAU